AUGUUUAGCUGUCUGUGGCAACUGUGGGAUUGGAUUGAUCCGCCCACUUUCACGACGAUGGAAAGUAAAAAGCUACAGCAGCUGCAGCAAGCUAACUCGCACCUGGCACCGAUGCCCCAGCUGAAGGCACCGGGUUUCCAGCAACCGCCACCCGGAGGCUAUGAUUAUGGGACCGCUGGCGGUGGCCCGGGAGGCUCGGGAACGGUGGCACCUCACCAGUAUCAGGCGUACGCGAGCAACUUUGCCCAGCAUCCCGCACUGCGGUCACCGUAUUCCACCGGAAGCCCCAAAUCGUCGCUGAGCGCCACGAGUGGCGCCAUGUACGGUGCGACCGAUGGUGGCGAACUGUCCUCGAACAGCGGUGGAGGAGCAGGCCAGUCCCAUCUCCUUCACCCGCACUUUCAUCCGCAACAGCAGCAGCAGCAGCAGUACCUUCAGCGGGUCAGUUCUCCCUCGAGUAGCGGCGAACGGGAGCGGUUGUACCAGACUGCUCCCCUGGUGCGCGGUGCUGCCCCCGUUGGCACGCCGCACUCGGUGACGAGCAGCAGCGGACCAGGCGGCGGUGCUGGUUCGAUGUCGAAGCUGGAGCUACAGUUCCAACAGUUGCAGCGUGAAAAGAUUCAACAACAGAUCAAAACGGCCACCGAAGCGAUUGCACAUCAGCAGCAAACAUUCGCGUUGCGCCAGCAACUGAAUCCACCGGUGCCGAACUAUCACCUGAAGCAGAACUUGCUGCAAAACCUGUCCCAACAGCACCAGCAACAAAUCCAGCACCAACAGUCGCUACAGAAACACGUGCAGCAGCAGCAGGUGAAACAGUCCGCCCAAAAAGCGCAGCAAUCGCAGCACCCUUUGAAACAGCAGCCCCCACAGCACCACCAACAGCAACGUUACCCUGGCAACAGCCAGAAUCGCAACGUGCCGCCAUCCAGUUUAAACCUCAUGAACCAUUGCCAGCCGGCCGGCAACGAGGGUGACAAGUUGAUGCGUUCCCACGGUCCCACUUAUCACGGCACUGCGGAAGAGGAAUCGCUGUACCAGAAGAGCACCGGCGGCUUCUCGGGUGUCGUGUCACCGCUGGCCGGGGCCAACGGGGAGAUAAUCAUCCAGCAAAACAUUCCCGGCCAGGUGGUGAACCAAGCGUGUCAGACCCAGAUAAGCUCGAUCGUGAUUGGUGGAGGCACCGCGCAACAGCAGCAGCAUCAGCAAGGCCAGCUCCAGGUGAAAUCGUCACCAUCCGACACGCUCUCCUCCCCAUCACACGAUGCCAUCGAGCGUAAGCGUAGUAGUGGCGGCGGAAGCGGCAGUGGCCAGCAGCACACGCUCAAGUCUCCCGUCACAAAGCGGCCAGCCAACGCACCCGUCGCCCUUUCGGGCUGGCUCUACAAGCAGGGUUCGGAUGGGCUGAAAGUUUGGCGCCGCCGAUGGUUCGUCCUGUCCGAGUACGUCCUGUACUACUACAAAAGCCCGGAGGAGGAGAAACUGCUCGGAACGGUGCUGUUACCUUCGUACCGAGUGUCGGCCUGCUUUCCCGAAGACAAAAUCUACCGCAAGUUUGCGUUCAAGUGCGAGCACGCCAAUAUGCGUACGUUUGUGUUUGCGGCCGAAAACGGAGAGUCCAUGAGCCAGUGGGUGCGCGCCCUCACUCUGGCCACGAUGAUGAUGCAGGGCGUUGGUCCAGGGGUUGGUGGUAGCAGUGAGAUGGAAACCGGCGCAAGUGCACUAUCGAGUGACUCGUCCAGUGGAAACACCGGCGGCGGAGUUCAAUCAGCCAGUUCCAGCGAGACGGCCAAGGUCGGACACGGGCAACCAACUGCUGGAGGUAGUGGCAGCAGUGGCAGCAGUGGUGGCCCAGGAAACAAUAGUGACAGUAUGUCUUUACCACAACCCCUGUACGCGAAUGCGCCACCGAAACCGAGGCGUGUAAAUGAUGCCGGCUAUUCUUCGCCCAGCCCUGAUCAUGCAAUCAUUCACGAUCGGUAUGAGCAUAUGAUGCAACAACAGCAGCAGCAACAACAACAACCACAACAACAACAACAAAAACAACAACAACAACAACUACAACAACAACAACAACACAUGCUUGCCUCGGCACAAUUUCCACCAGGACAUCCGUCGCGUAUCGCACCAACGCUUCUCACAGCAAACGCCAUUUAUGGAGAUCCGAAGCGCAUCGAGCGUGAUCUCUACAUCCAGAAGCUUAUCGAGCAGCAGCAGCAGCAGCAGCAGCAGCAGCAGCAGCAGCAGCAGCAACAACAAUCGCAACUUAAUGCCGGUAAACAACAAUCAGCACAGCAGGGUGCUCUCGGAAUGCAUUCGUCCCCUUUGCAUGGGCAAAUCAUGCGUGGCGGUAACAGUGGCCAGGGCACGAAUCCAUUCCUUUACUCGAACAGCGAUCGUCGCACACCGGACACGUACGGACCACCGAAUUCUGCCGUCGACCCGAAGCACAUGUCGGACUACGAGGACAUCUACAACUUGACCAUGCUCUCGAAGUCACUGCCCGCGAAUGGUGCACCGUUAGAGGCUGCUCCGGGUGGCGUCUACAAGCGGCCAUCGAGUCCUCAGCGUUACACUGCCGCAGUCUUUCCACCGUACGUCUGUAACGCACCCUACAAUGGCAACCAGUUUGAGAAUGUAGCAAUGACUCCCGAGCACCAGCAGCAUAGUAGUGUGCACAUGCGUUCCCGACCCGUACCGCCGAGCAUACCGCGACCACAUUCGGCCGAUUUUCUAGACUACGAAGCUAGACAUCCACUGAACCAUGGCACCGGACGCAAUCACGCCAACGACGAGCAACCGAAUCCACACCGAACCCCGCGGCCCAAGUCCAGCCUCGACAUCAACCGCACGCCCGAUCACUACUACUACUCCGAGGCCAGCUAUGCGGAAAAGAUGCGCCUCCAGAGUGCAUCCUAUUUGCAGCGAGCGAACAAGAGUGCCGUUUCCCGAAAGCAACGAUCCGACGACAUGCAAGGAUUAUUUACCGGAGGGGGAACGAUGCCACGCGAUGGGUUGUACCGGAGUGCGAGUGGGAAAAUUUUUACGGCUCCCCAACAGCAACCUUCGACCGCUGACGAGUACCACCACCCGGCGGCGGAAGGGUCGCAGAGCAUGCCGCGACCAUCGACGACCGAUCGCGGCGGUCGACCUUCGGUGCAGAGUCUCAAGAAACCAGCCAAUGCCGUUCAACAGCAGCAGGAACAGUUUGCACGAUCGGCCAGUGCUCGGUUGCCACGGAAGGAGGAAGAUGCCUCGCUGCGUGAUGGUGAGCGGAAGCGAGAGGAAUCGAUGAAACGGUUGCUGGAGUGGAAACAACGCAUGCUACAGUCUCCGCUGACCAAAAAGAUCACCAGCCAGCAGGCGGCUUCGAUGGCUUCGGCCGAAUCGCUGCUCGGGGACCGACGGCACGGCGGUGAGCUGUACGGUGUAAAGAUCGACGGCAGCGACGGACUGUUGCGAGCGGAGUACUAUGGAACUGCGGUACCAUCUGCAUACGACCGUCAGUCGAUCGGAGAUCUUUCGCGCAUUGGCAGUAGCGCUGGUGGGGCCAUAGUCGGUCACCAUAAUAGCUCGACCAACGUAACCCAAGGCGGGUACGGCAGUGAGAUGAAACUGAAUGGUGACUACAACAGCUACUCGUCGGAUGAUGAAGAUGGAAGAAAUUUUGCGCCGGCAGGAAGGUCAUCCCCACUCGUUAGUACCGCUUCCCACGGGGUAGCAGACGCACGACACACUCUAACACAACACCCCGUCCGUAAGGCCGCUGACGCGGGCCCAAACAGCACUGAUAGGAUGCACGCAUUAACGCAAACCUACUCCGACAUCGGUGGCGGUGAUGAUGGUGAUGAUGGGAGCAUUAAAAUGGUGUUAAAAAGAAUGAGCGUGGAGGGCGGUAAGCAAGAGAAUCUGGACGACACGUCCAGCGGCAGGCAGGCAGAAGUAGUAAUGAGCAAGGACCAACCGGAGGAGGAGGCUCAGGAAGUCGAAGCAAAGGAAGAGGAACUGUAUGAGGAUAGUCUAGUGAACCACGCGAGUGGCAACGUGAGCCCCAAUCUGAGCGUGGAUGCCAAUGUGUAUGAAAAUAGUUUUAUCAAAUCCCCAGCUGUGGGACGCAGGGUGGGAAGGGACGAAGAGAAGAAGGAACGGCGGCUACGGAAGGCCUCACCGGUUGAUGGCAGUCGCGCGGAACACGACACUGUUGAUAGCCAUGUGAAUAGUAGUCGAAAGGAUAACACAAGUAUUAAUCACGGUAACCGUAGUAGUUUUAACGGUAAUGGUAAUGGCAACAGUGAAGACGGCAAACAGUGCACUUCCCAGGCGUGGGAAACGGCGUACGUACCGGUGUACAAGCAAAUCAUGUCGAUGAGUUUGAAGGCACUGAGUGGUGGCGAAGUUGGUAGCUCUUCAGUCAGAUCACCGCAAUCGGCGAAAGCGGACGAAAAACUUUCGGAUGAAAACACUGGAACCGUCUACGAUGAGCCCAAGGGCUCUGGAAGUGAUACGGCGAAGCACCAUGGCGAAGAAGAGGAAGAGGAUACGGAUGGGGUUUUUGAGUACACGGAUGAAGAUCUUGACGAAGCGUUGCUACAAGCUGAACCGGAGCAGUCAGCGACAGCGGAAGCAUCCGCGUGUGAUGGUACGUUUCAGCGGCGGCAGUCGGGUGGCUGCACUGCUUCCGUCACUGAAGAGGAGCUCGACGAUGAUCUGACUUUGCAGAUACUGGAAGGACACUACAUGCCGAUGACGCCGCGUAAAAGUCUCAUUAGUGCCGCCAGCUUUACUACACUUUCGGCCGCGCGUAGUGCCCAGACCAACCAGGACACGAACGUUUCGGCGGGCGGCAAACUAAGACCCUGCGAAAGUUUAACGGCGAUGGACAUUCUCGACUCGAUACAGAAGAGUGGCAACGAGAUGCAAAUGUGUAAUGUUCACGAUGAAAGCACCUACAUAGAGAUGACGAAGGGAUCGUUGGGGAAGAGUGUGUUUGCCGAGGACGCACGAGGAACCACUUACGAGAUGAUCAUGGUUCCACCGGUCACGACUGCCGGUUCGUGGGGCGGUAUCGCUGGUUCCACUGCUGGAAGUGGACGGAAGGACGGUGAUCUAAUGGACCUUGAAGCGCAUCGGACAACGGUAGACUCGGAGCCACUGUACAUGGAGCUGUCCCAGCUACACAGUAGCAACAAAUCGGGCGAUGAUCUUGGCGGAUCGCCUUUGAGUGCCGGAGGUAACAAGCCGGACGAAACGCUGGGCUCGUCGAAGAAAACACCAAUCACCGAUGGCCAUGGGGACAAAAGCGGAACCAUGGGACGUACGAAACCGAUCAAGGGUAGCUUUGGUGUUGGCAGUACUGGGAAAAAGAAAAAGAAAGAUAAGAACUGGCCUGACAUAUUGAUGCAGUCAAGCAAGAGUGACGACAGCGACACAGACUCGGACCGUGGUGAUCGGAUUGUUGAGGAGAAACGGAAGAAAAAAUCUGGUGAUGGUGCGGCAAAAGAACCGAAACCGGCGACCGGUUCACCAGCGGUACAUACCACCGGUAAAACAGAUGCCCGAUCACGUUUCAGUCUGUCCGACACGUUCCGGCCUGCGUCAUACUAUCUGGGGGCCACUAGCGGAAGCGGAGCCUCGAUCGGAGGACCGGGUGGGAGAAAGGAUGGUGCAGGAUUUGAUACGUUGCUGGACAGUUCCGAUAGUGAAAUCAUGUCACCACCACCGAUACCCAUCAGCUCGCUUCCGCUCGACGAAACCGAUGGUGACGGUGGCAUGGUGGCAGGUUUAAGAAGAAUCACCGCGCACGGAAUACGAGAGAAGUUUCGCUCGAAUGAGGCGAUCGAUCUAAUCAAGAACCAUACCCAACCCGAUAAACGCCAAUCGGUGCAAAGUCUCGUGAUCGGAAGUGCAGCCGCCGCAGUAGCGGCUGGUGCGCAGUUUAUGGGCGGUUUGCAGUACUCGCGCAGGGAGAGCGGAAGCAUUUCUUCCAACCGAUCCAGUCUCCGCAGCGGCUCGCAAGGCAUUUUAAGCGGUGGUGGAAAUGGGUUCGCGCUAGCGAAGCAACCGGGCAAAGAUUCGCCCUCAACCGUUCUCGAUCGUUACGACGGGGUGUCGAAUGCAUCGUCCGAGUACGAGCUUCUCCGAGAGAGUGCCUUGAGGAUGGACGGUUCCGGCGGUAGUGCUGUCGGUGGCGGACGUUUCGACAGCUCGUCGGUUCGCAGUUCGAUCACGCUGUCGGAAACGAGCGGUUCCAUCGAGUGGCGGAGUCGGUCGUGCAUGGAUGUGUCCGUGCGCAACAAGCGGCGUCCAAUAUCGGGUAGUUCGAUCAACUGUCCAAUCGAAAUGGCCCUUGACAGCGGUUCCGGAGAGUUUUGUACCAGCACGGGCGGCAUAGUCACCAAUGUGCUCGAAACUCAAUUCAAUCGCUACAUGAACGCUCCGGACGAGCUAAUGACACUGUCGUCGAAUGCAUCACAAAACGGCCACGACAAUAGCAUUUACUAUGAAAACGUCGCAAUCAUGGGACCGGUGCUGCAUGCUCGCUCGGAAUCUGGCCGCAGCGUGGAAAACUCACCGACGACCACCAUUCUGAGUCCAUUGAGAGAGAAGAAUCUGUCGCUGCACGAUGCGCGCUGUCAGUCCGAGUACCUCAGCACGGUGCCCGAGGGCCACAGCCUGGAGCUGGCCGCGGUAGACAAUGCAUCGCUCUCGUCUGCUAUGGAUCUUGACCAACGGAGCUCGUGUACGGUUCGUUUCGACUAUGAUCGUUCGCAUCAGUCGAACCUAACGAUCACUCCGACGGAGGCAACCAUGCCGCAGCAUAGCCGAAACAAUAGCACACUGUCGUCGGAGUGUGCUCCUUACUACUACUCCGAUUUACAGAUGGCACGUUCCGAGGAAAAUGAUCCUCAGCCACCGAACCACAGUGUUCAUCAACGAGGUGCGAGCAACGAUCGCAGUUGCGGAAGCAACGCUAGUUCGCGAGCCACGUCCGCCGCUGCCCAUCGGACGAUGGCAGCGGGAGAUACGCUCAACAACCAGCGGGAUCCGGGAGUGCUGCGAAAACAAACGACGGGCAUUUUUCACAUUCACAAUCCACUGAACACACUGAAGACGGCCAAUCUGCUGCUGGAUGCAUCCGUCACAGAAAAGCACGCCGAGAUUGAUCGUAAAAACUUGUACGAAUCCGAUCGGAUCGGGCAAAAAGAUGUCAAUAAAACGAUCGCCGCUUCGUUAGCAACCGGUGGCUGUGGAUCGACAUCGACUUUGGGUCGACGGAGCAGCGCUUCGUCGAGUAAUCGGCUUUCCACUGGCACGAUCGCUGCGGAAGGGCGAGCGAUGAGCGUAGUAGGCUGCAACGAUGGCAGCACCAGCAUCCUGCAACAGUUGUUGGUGUCCUCGGGAGCGAUUUCCUCUGGCGAUCAGCUGUGGGAGGAGGAUCACCUGUGGCGUGACAACCUACGGCGGGUAUCGCACAUUCACGCCAAAUCGAUGGACAACCUCGAUCACCUCGGUACGAUUCGCUCGUCCACAGCAGCAGUAGCAGCAUCGUCGGUGGUUCGGAUGGCUAAAAAGGUCAAUCAGCAGCAGCGUGAUGGUUACGCUCCUAACGAAUCCAGUGUGGCUGAAACAGACAACGGAACAACGGCUGCUGAGAUGAAGAAACCGAUGGUGAAAAUAAACCGUCGAGAUGUGACAUAUGUGAACGAAGGCAGCUCCAGCAAAACUGUAUCCUUUUGCGCUUCCAGCAAUGCCGGAGGAGAGCACUCGGGCAGUGUAGGGCACAAGCAAAUGCUGCGACCUGCCAUCGGUGCAGCCGCUAAAAUAACAGGACCACCUCCAGGAUUGCUUUGUUCAGAUGAAAACGGUGGCCGUGCGCUUAACAACGACGAAAUGGAUGGAGACGACGUGUACGUGCAGUUGGCUAACGACGGCUCGUCCAGUUCACGGGCGAUCAUACGCGACGGUCGAUGUUUGUCGAACAGUGGCCGCGAAACGGAGGAUGUGUACGAGGUGCUACGUGACGAGAUGAACCGGUACGACAUCAAUCGUGAAACCAUCCGUCAGUGGGAUCUAAUGUCUAGCGGGUUGGUCAAUAGUGGUAGUAGCACGGCAAGCAGCAUUACCAGACCUCGCGAGGGAAUUGGUGGUGGUAGCUCUGUCCCAUCGGUUGACACGAACCUGCCGUACAGGAAAGUGUACCCUGCUACGGACAGUGCUAGCCAAACGGAUGCUUCCGUAUCAGGUUCAGUGUAUACCAAGCACUCCGACAACCCUGCUUCCAUCUCGGUGCGCAACGUGUUCAACAUUCCGAAGGUACCGCUCACCGUCAAACCGGACCCAUCGGAUCCGAUUUAUCAGGGCCUCGUCCAGCAGGGUAAGGGAACUCCGGUUGACGGUGGCUACUACGAUGGCCUUUCGACAGCGUUACUGACUGCCGAGUACCUCCCAGACGACAGAUAUGUUCGGCCGGACAUCAGCUUCGAGUCGACACACGAUUUGUACACGCAAGCGCAACUGCAACGGGCCCAAGAGCUGAACCUGCAACAGCACUACCAACUGCAGGACAUCGAUCGAAGUCUGGCGACAAUGCAGGACCAGCAGCUGGAUGCGUCACCGCAAACACCGAUUGGGAUGCCUGUUGGUGAUAGUAAAUGGAUGAGCAGCUCCAACGUACGAGGUGGAGCCCGCGAUGAUGGCGGAAGUUACCUGAAUGAUCCCCAUAACGCUGGACCAUCCAACAAACGACCGGAAUUGAAGAAUCUUGCCCGCACCGCCGAAGGUGAUCGAAAGGCAGACAGUUUAGUGAGACUGGAAACCCUGAAACAGCAGCUGAUUGAAUUGGAGAAGCAAUAUGAGAAGGAAAAACCCUUGAUCAAUCUGGUCGAUAACAUGGUUAAGCUCGGAAGCUUAUACCGUGGGCCGACGCCCGGUGGUAAAAGCCAGCUUCAGUCACCCGAAUCGGCCACACUGGAUCGUCUGGAGUUCAACCAGCGUAUGCAGGAACGCCGUUUGUUGCAGGAAGAGCAGCGUCAGUGGGAUCGAACCAGCCCGAACCAUGCGGAGUUGCAGUCAAAGGUUCAGCAGCUGUAUCAAAUCGAUAAGUUGAUGCAGGAGGAAUCGGGAACGUUGCAGGCGUUGCAGCGAGAUAAGGAAAAUCUGGAGAAAGCGCUUGCCACUCUGAAAACGAGGAUUUUGUGUCGUGAGGGAGGUGUACCAGUGGCAAUGGAUACUGCUCGACAACAGCAGCACACACUGGAACGAGAACUUUCGCGCGUUCAUCAGCUGUUAGCGGCUAAUUCAAAAAAACUUGAGAAAACCGUCUCCACUAACGCUCGCCUCGAACAGGAACUGCUAGUUUUACGGCAAAAGCUGCAAGCUACGCGUGAGCAUCGCUCGAUGCACUCUGUGUACGACUCCGCGGCAACUGUCGAUGGUAGUGGUCAGUAUGUUACCGGUUCGGUGACGGCGGUCCUGGAGUCCGAGCUGAAGCGUGCCAAACUGCUCGUCGGAGAUAUGCAGCGUCAGCGGCAAGAACUAGGCCAAGCCGUUCGUCAACUAACUUCGUACGGCGAUCUGAACACACCUGCGGCGGAUCGUUCGCAGGCCGACGAAAAGCAUCACCACGAACAACAGAUGCGUGAGGAUCAGUCCUCGAAAUCGAAGCAUAAACGCAGCUACUCUUCCUCUUGGGUCGAAACCGACCUCGAUUAUGCAAUCAGCAAGGAUGGUAACCACAGCCGCACCUUGUCGUCGUCGAACUCGAGUGUGCUGACGAUCGAUGAUGAGAUGCAAAGCCUGUUCCUACCCAAUACGGCGGCACACACCAAAACCACCGACGGUGGGGACGCUUCAAUGGAUGAACUGUACGGUGGCACGGGUGGGGCCUACAGCUAUGGGGUGAACGCAGCGGACAAGCAGGAAAUAAAAACGGUCCGCAUAGUGAAACGUGAAUCCGAGCGGCGAAUGCGCGACAAAGAGAAGAACGAUCGGAACCUGGCGCUAAGUUUGGAUCAGGUGCUCGAAGAAGAGGCACAGUUGAUGGAAGACUAUCAGCGCUCCAAAUCGCUGCCUCGCGGCUACGAAACGCAUGAAAUGUACGUACAGAACCAUGACCCCCGUGUCGUCGCUGGUGGCGCUUCAUCCAUGGAUGGAAGUAGUCUUAUGAACGAUUUCUACAGCAGUGUCGUGGCGUCGGCGAACGGUAACAGCUAUCCCGUGUCACUGAUCGAUCGCCAGGCGGAUCUGUACACGGGUCACUUUGAGCCAACGUUGCAGUCGAAAUAUAGCAUCAAUGGUGGACCCGAAGCAGUAGAUGAAUCGCCUUCCUUAGCAUCGAGUAGAUACCACUAUCAGCCACAGCAACCGACUCAGCAACAGCAUUAUGCGACUGCAUCGAACGAAAUGCCAACAGCGCUAGGCUUGAAGCUUAAAACGGAAUCUAUUCAAAGCCUAACGAACGCAGGUGCCGAACACGGGCCCGUGUUUCAAAGUGAGGCCGCCAAACAGAUCAUCAACGAGAUGGCCACGGGAGGCCCUACGGCGGGUGUAGAGACUGUCGGCAGUGAUUCGGGAAGUAGCAGCGGCGAGGCAAAGAGAGGAAGCAGUACCUCCAACACCGCACAGAUACAGCAGGAACAGCAGCUGCAGGCAUUGCAAAGGCAGCGUGCUGAAAGUCAGAACCGCCAACGGCGGGCAGUACCGAAGGACAAACGUCGUCAUCACACCGCUCCCCAUCACGUGAACGCGAAAUCGAUAGAGCUGAUGCACAGCGAAAACGAUAUGAACAAAAAUAAUGUCAAUUGGCGUGCUAGAGAUGACGUCGAUCUCGAGGUGACCAUACGUCCACGCUCGAAUGCCCCUGAUGUAGUGCGAUCGGCACUGGGGCCACGGGAGAAGAUAUCCGAGCACACGAUCGAUAAGCUGCUGGCAGCGCCGAGCAAAAUUCUUAUCCCAGAACGCUACGUUCCCGAGCAGACGCCCGAGUUGUCCCCGGAGGAGAAGAAACGACGCCAGGAGAAGGUGGAAGCGAUCAAAAAGAUGCUGUCCGACACACCGAUCGGUGGAGCUGGAGCAAACGAAUCUGGCCCAAACACGGAACAGAAUGCGGAAAAGAAACAGCGCGAACAUCUCAUCCAAUUGAAUCAGAUCCUUGCUCAACAGGUUAUGCAGAUGAGUAAAAUAGUUGCAGAAAAUUCGUCAGCGGUACUUCCGUCGAAGAUAAAGCGGAAGAGCAAUGCUUACAACAGCACGAUCAGCAACAGCAAAUCGGCCGAGGAAAAGGAUCACUACGAAUCUGAUCUGGAAGACUAUGAUACCGACUCUCCGGCGGAACCACUCCCUCUGUAUCAGCAGCGUGAUAAUUACUUCACUUAA